AGUCGCGGUGGCCCCGUUGCGCCCGCCCCCUCCAGGAGUCCGACGUGGAAGUUCCUGGCGCCGCAGGCUUGCGUGGAAAACGCCUGAGAGCGGCAAACCGAGGCCCAGGCGAGCGGAGGCGGCGCCGCCGAGGCUGGACUAGAAGUCGCUGCUGAAGCUGGGGCCUGUCUCGAACGACCGGCGAGUACAGACAGGCGGUUCAUCAUGGGUGGCUUUUUCUCAAGUAUUUUUUCCAGUCUUUUUGGAACCCGGGAAAUGAGGAUUUUAAUUUUGGGACUAGAUGGAGCAGGAAAAACCACAAUUUUGUAUAGAUUACAGGUUGGAGAAGUCGUUACCACUAUUCCUACCAUCGGAUUUAAUGUAGAGACAGUGACGUACAAAAACCUUAAAUUCCAAGUCUGGGAUUUAGGAGGACAGACAAGUAUCAGGCCAUACUGGAGAUGUUACUAUUCAAACACAGAUGCAGUCAUUUAUGUAGUGGACAGUUGUGACCGAGACCGAAUUGGAAUUUCCAAAUCAGAAUUAGUUGCUAUGUUGGAGGAAGAAGAGCUGAGAAAAGCCAUUUUAGUGGUGUUUGCAAAUAAGCAGGACAUGGAGCAGGCCAUGACUCCCUCAGAGAUGGCAAAUUCACUUGGGUUACCUGCCUUAAAGGAUCGAAAGUGGCAGAUAUUCAAAACGUCAGCAACCAAAGGCACUGGCCUGGAUGAGGCCAUGGAAUGGUUAGUUGAAACAUUAAAAAGCAGACAGUAAUUCAUUCACAGCAGGUCCUCUGAAAUGAAGGCUACGUCACCUAUCUCUGGAAACAGUCAAGUGUGCCUCACACUACUAAGUGUUUUAACUGUAUGAUUGUUGGCACACCCUGAACUGACUGCGAUGUUUGUAAUAAACGUAAAUAAUAAGUAUUUGGUUGGAAGGGUAACUUGAUUGAAUCACUUGGAGUUCUGUAUAAUGUAAAAUAUUCUUUCCUUGCUUUCAUGUGUUAAGAUAUAUAUUCUGUUUGUAUGGAAUUCUUAUUCAGAUAGAGUCCUAUUAAAUACACUCUUGUUGGGGGAAAAAUCCUCCUAUUUUUGAAUUAGUGGUUGCAGCUUGUUUGUGUAAACACUAACAAAUAAACUCAGAUUUUUUCCCCCUUAAAAUGAAUUAAGUCUACCCAAAAAUGAUAAGAUUAAGUAGGUGUGGGACAUAGGCUGUAUUAUAGUCUUCAUUUGCUUAACUGACGACUUGAAGCUGUUUUGUUUAAAAGCUUUUGAUUAUGGGCAUGAAUAUUAUUUUGGUGGUGGACUUAUCUGUAAUUGUCAUUUUAUAGUACUUUAUAGUUAGAAAAGUUCACCCACAUUGACCUUGUGGAUUUGUACAGGAACACUGGGAAGCAGGUGGGAUGGGUUGCAUUGUCUUCAGUGUGGAUAUGUGGACCCAGGGUUCUGAUAGAUUGGCUUGUUAAAGGCCACCUGCUAGUAAGUUGAGAAUAGGGCUUUAAGUAAGACUUUUAGGUCGGAAACUUGGGUCGUAAGUUAUAGUACGUAGUCCUAAAAAUGUCAACAUUGACAAAACAACCUAACUCUUAAAUAAAAUUAUGCUAAAGUAGUCACAGUAUAUUCUAAACAAUGUCUACAUUACUUGUCCAUACUAGCAGAAGUGAUGCAUAUUAAAGCAUAAAAUUCAUAUUAAAGGAAAUGUUUUUAAAAAAUCUAUUUAAGCAGCAUUUUAAAAGAUGCCUUUACUGUGUUUCAUUCCUUUUACCUGUGAUUGGACAUGUAAAUUUGGUUAAAAGUCAAAAUCUUACUGGUUCUAUAGGAGAAAAUUACACAUUCUUGUUUUUCAAGAUUGCUUUCGGGGCUGGCAUUGUGGUGCAGCUGGUUAAGCCUCUGCCUCCAAUGCCAGCAUCCCAUGUGGGCACUGGUUCGAGUCUUACCUGUUCCACCUUUGAUCCAGUUCCCUGCUGAUAUGCCUGGGAAAGCAGUGGAACCUGCCACCCACAGGGGAGACCUGGGUAAAUUUUCUUUGCUAAUGGCUUCCGCCUGACCCAGCCCUGGCCAUCUGGGGAUAAACCAGCAGAUGGAAGCUCUUUCACUCUCUGUUUCUCCCUCAGACUGUAAUUUUGCCUUUCAAAUUGGGCCUUCUGCUAGGCUAUGAGUUUAAAAAACAAUUUAUGUAUUAAGGAACUUUCCAAACUACCAAGUCCACUCCAUUGCAGGAUCAGCUACAGUGUGACAAGAGUAAAUAUAGUCCUGAGGAAUUACUGAAGGGGGGGUAAGUUUUUUUUUUUUUUCUUUCUUUUUCAUUCUGGACAACCAGCAUUUCAAAAAUUAAUGCUGGUAAAGAGAAUAAUUGCAUUGUGCCCCGCAAAUCUCAGGAACACUAGUAGUUCAUUUCCUGGCUCUCACUGUCCUUGUGGAUGGGGCAUUCUCUCUGCUCAAAUGAAAGCAGCUUUCUCUUUUCAUCUGUGGGAUUCCAAGAAAACUCCUUGCCCAAUCCCCAGCACCCAUUCCUGAUUUGGUCUUUUUUUUUGAAAGCUGCUUCCUGUGGGCACUAGAAUUUUCAGUACAACUACUACUCUUGAUUUCAGACUUUCUCAUUAUGUCAUCAGUGUCCGGAAUAGUAUAGUGGCUGGCACAUUAGGGGCAUUUAAGGGUGUGUUCACAACUGACAGGAUGUGUAUUUGUCAGCUAGAAAGAUAGUACCGCUACAAUAUAUACUUGCAUUCCUUCUGGUCAGUGGCACAGGCUAGAACAGGCUAGAUCAUGAAAACAAGCUCACUUAUGAGCAACAAAGUAGCACUCCCUAGCAAGUCAGGAGCACUGAAAAAUCACAAGUAUAGGGAAGUAAGGACUUGGCAGGCAGGCAGAUGCACUCCCUGAAGGCACAUGGCUUUUGCUCUCUUGAAUUGUAAGGGCAUGCAGCUGUCCCAGAGGUCAGGACUUGGAUGAUCCUGAUCCUUCUGGUUUGUCACAAAGUAUUGGAUGGGAUAGCAUGUACAUUUAUUUAAUGGAGUUUAAAUUAUAAGGUCUUUGUCUAGCAGAAAACAGCUGCAUAGGUAGGUUACCAGGAUUUGAAUGCUGAUAUUUAACAAAAGCAAGGCAAAAAGGAAAUCUGAAUACUGUUUUGUGAGAAGACUGAAAAUGAGAAAGGCACCAAACUUGGUAUUAGAACAUGAAUUCUGGGUUUAAAUGCUCACCACUUCAGCUUUUCUGUAAAACAAGACCUGGAGAAAUGAUACCAAAGGUUUUGUUGAGUGAGCUCUAACAUUUUAUAACUCUGGUUGGUAGCUGUACUGUGUCAUGUGAUUAUGCUAUAAAGGGGAAGUGGCAGAAUUGUUAUCUGAAUACCUGAGAUGCACUUUAACCAUGGAAAUGUAAACUGUGAGGGCAGGGGCCAUCUUAUUUACUGUUAGUGUCCCUGGCAUCUAACGUGGUGUACCUGGCACAAAGUAAAUCAAUAAAUAUGAAUUAAAAACA